AUGGCGGUUCGUCUGGCGAGGUCAUUGGCGGCGUCACCCUCGUCACGGCCUUCGUUUUCCUCCAUAGGCAACCGAAUUUCAGCGUCGGAUAUCGCUUCUCCUGCGAUCAACGGCCGCGAGUUUUCCAAUUUCGGUCGGGCUCUCGCCUUUUAUUCGUCUUGGUGGUGGUCGUCUCCCGAGGAUUUGACGGCGGGAUCUAAGAGACGGGAGAAGAAGACGACAGACCGUUUCUCCGCCGUGAUUGACGCAGUCCAUGACCGGAAACUCCCGCCGGAGCUACGUGGGCGCCGCGAUUUCGUAAGGUCAGAGACUGACAUAACCAACGUGGUUGAGCAGAGGAUAUGGCAUUCAAUGGAAGAAGGCCAUUUUGAGAACUUACCAGGUAAAGGCAAACCCUUGAACCUCCACACAAAUCCUCACGCAGAUCCAGCGGAAGAUACAUUGUAUCGGAUUCUUAACAAGAACGGUUUUGCUCCUGAAUGGGUGGAGCUCAACAAAGACAUAAGAAGCAAAGCACAAGAGUGGAGAGUCUCACUGAAGAAAGCCUGGACUAUGAAACUCGAGCAAGACCAAUCGGGUUGGGAAGAGAGAUCGGAUUUGCUGAAAACACAAUUGAAACAAAUCAACAACAUGGUUUUUAGGUACAACCUGAUCGUUCCUUUUGGUCGUCAAAUGAUUGGAUUGAAGUGGGAGAAAGAGAUUGAUCGCUUGAAAGAAUAA